AAAAGUAGACAUAAUUGGAAAAAGACAAAAAGAAAAGGAAGGUAGACGAAGAGGAUCUUUGAGGUCCUCUACUUCUCCUCCUUCUUCCUUUUUCCAAACCACUGUUUUUUUUCUCAACAGUCAAUUAUCUUUUCUCAUUUAUUGUCUUGUUUUGGGAGAAUAUCAAGAGACAGAGAUCAUUUCUGCAACCAUACCUCCAGCAUGUGCGUUAGUACAUAUAAAUAGAGUAGACAUUUCAGCUCUUAAUUGGAAAUGGAAGAUACAAAAGAUGUGAAGGGAAAUUCUCCCCAAGGAUGUGCUCCUCAACCUGAAGUUUCUGUUCCAAAGGACGAUCAAUCCCAUAGUGCAACUCCAACUAGGCAACAUAUGAAUGAAACAGCGAACUCUGAAAUUCCGGAGUCGUCCGUCGAUGCUUCUCUGCAUUCAAAAGAAUCUUCUGACAGAUUUUUGAUGGAUGAUAGCCAUAUUGAUCCAACGGGAAGGUUAAUUUCAGCAUCUUCCAUUAAAUCUGAUGGAACAGGUGACAUUUCUGAAAUAGGAAAUCUUCAAUCAGCUGUGCCAACAGUUCAGCAGGAAGCCUCACCUAAACUGGUAGAGGAUCUGAAAUCGUUGGAGCCUUCAACAGCUCUUUCAGAAGCUAGUUCAUCAUCUAUAUUGGAUGCAAAAGCAAGUGAUUCAUUGCCGCAAUCAUCUGAUGGUGGUUCUGGUGGUGGUCUUUUGAAUCAAUCAAAAAAUACUACUGAUGGACCAACAGAAGAGCAAGAUGCUUCACCUUUAUUAACCAUGAAUUCAAACUCAGCAUCCCUAAAAGAAAAAAACCAAAAAGAUUCUUCUGAACACAUACAAUCUGAUCCUUUAGAAGUGGAAAAAAAUAAUGUGUCUCUACUUCAGCAAGAUAAUUCUCCAAGUGUUACUCAUGUUUCUGCUGAUACAGCAUCUUUAUCCACUCAAGAACAAAAGCCCGAAAAUACUAUUCACGUAGAGGUACCUAACACUGGUCAGUCCCUAGCCAAGGCUUCCUAUCUCACAGUUAAGAUUCCAGAACCCAGUGCCCAUUCUAAGCAUCCUAAUAGCUCUGUUAUUAACAGAGUUAAAAUUGACACAGCAGCACCAAUUGAAUCUGUGAAGCAGGCAGUUUCCAAGUUUGGAGGCAUUGUUGACUGGAAGGCUCAUCGAGUACAGACUGUGGAGAGAAGGAAAGUUGUCGAUCAAGAACUAGCGAAUGUGCAAGAAGAGAUACCAUUAUACAAGAAACAGUCUCAGGCUGCAGAAGAAGCAAAAAUGAUGAUGUUGAAGGAACUAGAUAGCACCAAAAGACUGAUAGAAGAGUUGAAGCUGAACCUGGAGAGAGCACAAACUGAAGAGCAACAAGCAAAACAAGACUCAGAACUUGCCAAGCUCAGGAUAGAAGAGAUGGAGCAGGGAAUUGCUGAUGGGGCUAGUAUUGCAGCCAAGGCGCAGCUUGAAGUUGCUAAAGCAAGGCAUGAAGCAGCAGUUUCGGAGUUAAACACUGUGGAUUAUGAGUUAAAAGAUCUUCAUAAAGAGUAUGAUUUAUUGGUGUCAGAGAGAUAUGAUGCCGUGCAAAAAGCAGAGGAAGCGGUUUCUGCCUCAAAGAAAGUUGAGAAAGAAGUGGAGGAUUUGACUAUCGAGCUCAUCACUACAAAGGAAUCUUUAGAAGCUGCACAAGCUACACAUUUGGAGGUGGAGGAACACAGGAUUGGAGCAGCAAUGGCAAGAGAACAAGAUACUCUAAAUUGGGAGAAAGAACUAAAGCAGGCAGAAGAGGAGCUUGAGAAUCUAAACCAGCAAAUACUGUCUGCGAAGGAUCUCAAAGCAAAAUUAGACAUUGCUUCAGCUUUGCUACUGGAUCUCAAAGCUGAGUUUGCUGCUUACAUGGAAUCAAAGUUGAAACAAGAGACGGUUGAAGAUGGCAAUUUCAGCAAACUGUCAGAACCAGAGAAAAGAACUCAUGCCAAGAUACAAGCAGCGGUUGCCUUGGCUACACGUGAACUUGAAGAAGUGAAACUCAACAUCGAGAAAGCAACAGAUGAUGUAAAUUGCUUGAAGGUUGCUGCAACUUCAUUGAAGGCAGAACUAGAUAAAGAAAAAUCAGAACUAACUUCCAUCCAGCAGAGAGAAGGCAUGGCAUCAAUUGCUGUAGCAUCUCUUGAAGCUGAGUUGAACAGGACCAAGUCAGAGAUUGCCCUUGUGCAGAUGAAAGAGAAAGAAGCAAGAAGAGAAAAGGUGGUGGAGCUUCCCAAGAAAUUGCAAGAGGCUGCCGAAGAGGCUGAUUGGGCAAAGUCACUUGCACAAACAGCUCGUGAAGAGUUGAGAAAGGCAAAGGAAGAGGAAGAGCAAGCAAAGGCAGGAGCAAGUACCAUGGAAAGUAGACUACUUGCUGCUAAUAAGGAGAUAGAAGCUGCAAAAGCUUCUGAGAAGUUGGCGCUAGAAGCCAUCAAUGCUCUGCAAGAGAGUGAAUUAGCUCGAAGCACCAAUGAUGAAGAUUCCCCAUCUGGAGUAACACUUUCUCUUGAAGAAUAUUAUGAUCUCAGCAAGCUGGCCCAUGAGGCAGAGGAGCAAGCUAAUAAGAGGGUGGCUGCUGCUAUCAUCCAAAUUGAAGUAGCCAAGGAAUCAGAACUGAGAAGUCUAAGCAGGCUGGAGGAGGUUAAUCGUGAGAUGACUACUAGAAAGGAAGCUCUGGAAAUUGCAAUGAAGAAGGCAGAGAAAGCCAAGGACGGGAAAUUGGCAGUCGAGCAAGAGCUGAGGAAAUGGAGGGCUGAGCAUGGGCAAAGGCGGAAAGCUGGUGAAUCUCUUCCACUGUUAAACACUACCAGAAGCCUGAGAACGAGCUUUGAGGAGAGUAAAGCAUCGAAAACCUAUGAGCGUGCACCAGAGGCUGCUUCACUACAUCAUAGGUCAAGUCCAAGAGCAUAUGAGCAAGCAAGUAAUACUGAAACUGAUACAUCUCCAGAAGUGAAGAUCCCAAAGAAAAAGAAGAGGUCCUUCUUCCCAAGGCUCUUGAUGCUUCUGGGAAGAAAGAAAGCACAGGCCAAGACAGCAUGAUGUGCUUUGGGGUUUUAGAGAUUCUUGUCAUUUUAUACAACUAUUCCUAUAUUUUUCUGGUUAUUUGUCUUGGUUGAUGGAUGUAAAUUCUCACUGCUUUUCUGUGUACAUCCCCAGCAUUAUGUAUUGUACAAUAUCAAAAUACUUCUCUCACCUUUUGGAGGGCUGUUUAUAGAACAGAGUAAGGUUUUUAUAGGUUUGGCCGCGGAAGUCAAUAAAGUGAUUCUGUAAGUAAAGUAUCUGCUGCUUCAACUGUUUUAUCCUACUAGUUCUCAGAUUCUAAAA